UCUCCCUUUCAAUCUACAUUUGUGUUUUUUGAAGGAGCUCUCUGCAAAUUGAGCUUGUUCAAUCCAUAAUCUCUCUCUCUCCUCUCUCGAAAAUUCUGUAUUUGUGCCUGUACAUUCAGAUUUCUGUAUUUUCAAUCGGUUUCUCCGGCUGAGGGGGAUUGAUUAUGGCAUCUUUGACCAUUCCUUCGUCGCCGAAUUCGUUUCAGCUUAGACUAGGGUUUAGUUGCAGGAAAUCUUCCUUGACCUUUCCACGGACGCAUUUUCGUACGAAUUCAAAUCGUCGAGUUCGUUGCCUAGCUGCCGCUGGAAGUGCGGCGAAUGAGGGUGAUAAGUCUGACCGGAGUCCUAGUGGAAAUUCAUGGACAAAUUCUGACAAGUCGAAUGAUAAUUUCUCUGGAUGGUUUGGUGCGGAUUCCGGUGGCUCGCAGCGGAAGGGAGGGUUCGGAGGGAUUAUUGGAGUAGGCGUAGCUGGAGUGAUUCUUGCAGCUGGACUUACUUUUGCAAGCAUAUCUCUAAGCAAAAGGAGCACUUCUGGAAUGAAACCACAGAUGGAGCCUCUUACUGUGCAGCAGGAAGUAUCGUUAGCCUCUGGUGAUCAGGAUGAUGGAGUUGAAGUGGUCAGAAAUGAGGACGACACUGUGGUGCCUGAUGAGGGAAGCUUAGAUGGUGAUCAUAUUCCUGAAAGCAAUACAGGUAUAAUCAAGGAUUCUUGUUCAUAUUCAGAAAUUACUGAAGCUACUUCUGAAAGCAGUAUUGAUGAUAAUAUUAAUGUGGGGACUUCAUUAAUAGAAAAAGUUGAUUCGGCCUCCAGUGGUAUUGAUGCCACUACAAAUGCUUCCAGUCAAGCAGAUUUGCAAUUUAGACCACCUGUUGAUGAAAUAUUGACACCUUACAGCUCUAAUCUGAGAUCACCUAGAAUGCCUGAAUACAAUGUAGUCGAUGAGUCUUCUGAUACUUCCAACUUUAAGGAGUCAGGAGGUGGCCCAGGUGCUGCUCUGCCAGAAUUGGCUAUGGAACUCAGUGUUGUCAACCAUGUUAACCCAUCUGUUCCAGAUGUUGAUUCAACAGAUCUUGAUUCCGACCAUCAGGAGGGAAUUACUGUAGUGAGGGAAAUAGAAAAUUCCAAGGUUCCUUUGGAUGUUUCUGGUUCUGGCCAACAUACUCCUGACGAGCCUUUAGCUUUGGAUAAUUCAAUCACUCCAAAAUCGGAUGUGAUUCCAGAUUCCCAGGUUGAGUCCAAAGAUGUAAUGGACACUGUAACCUCUCUUUCAAUCAAAGAAGAUCUGAGCCUCAGCAUAACACUGCUGGUUCCAAAUGAGGGCAUUACUUCAACUCUAGAAGAGAAUACUCUAGAUGAUGCUGGGCCACCUGGAAAAGCCUCUCUGUCAAUCUUAGCUGAUCCAAAUGCAAAUGAACCCAGUACAGAUGAUUAUAAUGAGAUUGAAAGAAACAAAGAGUUAAUUGCGUCACCAAUACCUGAGGGUUCCUUCUCCUCUGCUGGUAUACCUGCUCCAUCAUUAGUUUCUGCAGCUCUACAGGUUCCACCUGGCAAGGUUUUGGUUCCUGCAGUUGUUGAUCAAGUUCAGGGGCAGGCAUUCGCAGCAUUGCAAGUUUUGAAGGUUAUUGAGGCUGAUGUUCAACCUGGCGAUCUAUGCACUCGCCGUGAGUAUGCUCGUUGGUUGGUUUCUGCAAGCAGUGUUCUUUCGAAGAACACAGGUUCAAAAGUAUAUCCUGCAAUGUACAUUGAGAAUGUUACGGAUCUUGCAUUUGAUGAUAUUACACCUGAAGAUCCUGAUUUUCCAUCCAUUCAAGGCCUGGCAGAAGCUGGACUUGUCUCAAGUAAGCUUUCGAGACGUGAUAUGCUUUCUUCUAUAGAUGAAGAGCCAACACCCUUCUUCUUCUCUCCAGAAAGCCCCUUGUCUCGUCAGGAUCUUGUGAGCUGGAAGAUGGCCCUAGACAAAAAGCAACUACCAGAAGUUGACAGAGAGAUCAUGUAUCAACAUUCUGGCUUUAUAGACAUUGAUAAGAUAAACCCAGAUGCGUGGCCUGCUCUUGUAGCUGACCUAUCUGCUGGAGAACAGGGAAUCAUGGCACUAGCCUUUGGUUACACAAGACUUUUUCAGCCGGAUAAGCCUGUCACAAAAGCUCAAGCUGCUAUUUCUCUUGCCAUUGGUGAAGCUGCUGACAUUGUCAGUGAGGAGCUCACACGUAUCGAAGCAGAGUCAAUGGCUGAAACUGCUGUUGCAGCACAUAGUGCUUUAGUUGCAGAAGUUGAAAAGGAUGUCAAUGCAACUUUUGAAAAGGAACUCGCUAUGGAGAAGGAAAAGAUAGAUGCUGUUGAAAAGUUGGCUGAGGAGGCAAGACUGGAGUUGGAGAGGUUAAGAGCUGACAGAGAGGAAGAAAAUAGUGCUCUAUUGAGAGGACGAGCUGCUGUUGAGGCAGAAAUGGAAGUUCUGUCACAGUUAAGGCAUGAGGUGGAGGAGCAGUUGCAGAUCCUUAUGAGCAACAAGAUGGAGAUAUCAUUUGAAAGAGAAAGGAUUGACAAGCUUAGGAAGGAAGCUGAAAGUGAAAACCAAGCAAUUGUCCGUCUACAAUAUGAACUGGAGGUUGAGCGGAAAGCGUUGUCCAUGGCCAGGGCUUGGGCGGAAGACGAAGCAAAAAGAGCGAGGGAGCAAGUGAAAGCUAUAGAGGAAGCUAGAGAACGUUGGGAGAGGCAUGGCAUUAAAGUUGUUGUCGACAGCGACCUCCAAGAUGAUGCCAAUGUUGGCGUUACAUGGCUUGAGGCAGGAAAACAGUCUGCAGUUGAAACUGUGAACCGGGCUGAGAAAUUGGCGGACAAACUCAAGGCUAUGGCACAUGACCUGAAAGGUAAUGGCAAAGCAGUAGUCGAGAAGAUAAUCCAAAAGAUAAUCUCCUUGAUUGCUGUUUUAAAGCAGUGGGCCACCGAAGCUGCCAAACGAACUGGAGAGUUCCAAGGGGCUGCUGUUUUGAAGGUGAGUGAAUCCACACAGAAGUUGCAGCAAAACGCAGCUGAAUUUAGUUCUUCCCUUCAGGAUGGUGCAAAGAGGACUGUAGGAGACUGCAGGGAAGGAGUAGAGAAACUUCAGGAUGGUGCAAAGAGGAUUGUAGGAGACUGCAGGGAAGGAGUAGAGAAACUCACUCAGAAGUUCAAGACAUGAAACGUUUUUUAGUACACUACUAUUAUUUGUAUGGGUGUUAGCCGUUGAGAAAUGAAUUAUGUAUUCUUACUUUCAAUUUUGCUGUCGUAGACAUUCAGGGAUUAAGUGUUUUUCUUUUAUCUGUUUCCUGGAUGGAAACUGAAACUGUAAUCUCAAUACCCUGGGAGAAUGAAUAAAUGGAAUAAGGAAAAAGAGCUGAUUUUAUUGGCUUUCACC